CUACCACCUCAUGCACCUGUACAGUUUACGUCUCUCGCCUCUCAGUCACCUCUCAUCUCUCACGCCUCUAUCUCCCUGAUCCACUUCUCUUUAUUCAUCCUCGCAAUCGUUCGUCGACCCAAAUCUACAGCGGCACAGCGCACUCUUACAGGUUGCGACAUGGUCCCCUCCAACUCUCGCUCGAUUCGGAUCGGACAUUCUGUGCUCUCUGCACGGGCUUACGUCUGACUGCGUCCAAUCCGGGUCAUCCUCUCACCUCCUCUGAACUUGGCCUCUGCUCCUCUACUAGUUCCUGCGGGUCAGUGCGUCUAAGUAGAGCCUCCUCCGUUACUCCUCCGUUCUCGUAUCCACCCUCCUGUCGCUCUUCACUCCUCCGCCGUCAGUCUCUCCAUCCUCCCUACCUAGACCCAGGUAGUCAGUGCAAUCAGCCAAACCCUACAUCCUCCCCAUCUCAGUGACGCGCAAUACCCGAUACCCAUACGAACCUGACCCGCCAUCAUCAUCCAAUCCAUCUCGUCGUUCAUAAUGCAGGCCUUUGGUGAGUGAGUUCUUUGUUGAAUGUUCCUCCCGCACAUGCUUCACAUCUUCCUCUUCCCUUUUGGCCUCUUUCAUUCCGCCAUCUUCCCUGAAUCUUACUCAAGUCAUGUUACCCUCGAUCUUGAAUUCGCAAUGUCCACUCUUCUCCGGAAACAAGCGCUGAACAAUUUGGCUUUCACAGUCCCCAAGAAUAGAAAGCCCAAGUUUGACCUGACCCUUAACAUUAUCGACCUCACCAAUGUCCCCCUCGUCGCCGGUACGGCCUCUGUGCGGUGGCAUCUCUCCUCCAGCAAUGCCGCCGAACACCGCGGUCGCACGGACAAGGCCUAUAUCAUAGACCACAAAGCAACAUGGGACUAUGUCAAAGAGAUCCCCGUCCGUCUCACAAUCGAUAAGAACCAGAUGUUACAGGAAUGCGACAUCCACUUUGAGAUCUUGCAAGAAUACAGCGAUGGGGGAAGGGGAGGAAGAGUUCAUCUGGGCAACGUCAAAUUAAACCUCGCAGAGUAUACCAGAAUCCCUGAAGCCAUGGCCGCCGGGGAGCGAGAUCCACAAGACGAUGGCGAGGACGACACCAUCACCAGAAGAUAUCUACUGCAGGACAGCAAGGUCAACAGUACACUCAAGAUCAGCAUCAAGAUGAAACAGACCGAAGGCGAUGUGACGUUCAUCGCACCACCUCUCAAGUCCGCCAUGGUCAUUGGAGGCAUUGCAGGUGUUUUGUCGACCGAGGCCGGCGAGGGCGAAGACAUUCCCAGUAUCACCAGCAAGACGAGAGAAUUGAGUGAAGCCCAGGACAUCUACCGUCGGACCCUGGCGGCAACAUGGGCUUGCCAGGUUGGAGAACUGGCUCCAGACCAAUUGAUCGAGGAUUUAUUUGCUGGAGGCGAUGGAGGCGGUGGACCAGGACCAUCCAACAAAUCUUACAAGAAUCGCAAUUCCCGCUCAAGAGGAAGUCCUCGCGAAGAGAGUAUGGGAUCUAGUUCGAGCGACACCUCUCGUCACUCCCACACACCGCGCCCCAGCCGGCGGGGUGGUGGUCACAACAGCGACGCCCACCUGACCAACAGCCAUCAUUCUCAUCACUCUCCACACCCACAAUCUCAACAUCCAUCAUCCUCCUCCUUCUCCUCUUCUUCACACCUCACUCCCCAGAUGACUCCGCACACUUCCCGAUCAGACCAUAAACGAAGCGGCAGUGGCGAGAAUGGCAAUGGCAAUGGCAAUGCCAACGGCAACAGCAACGGCCGUGAGGUCGGGAGCUUAUCCGCCACUUUCAACUACGGCAGCCCCGGCGUCGGCAGUACCAUCAGUGGCCGAUCCAGCAUUGAACAUCAAUUACAAGCGGCCGCCAGUCUACAGGAACAUCAUCACAAUCACCGACGAGCCCGGGGUGAACAUGAUUGGACUGAAGUCAUGGAAAUGGAUUUGAGGGAUGAUUUGAGAAGUUGGCAAGUCAGGGUUGCGUGACCCCAGCCUGGCAGGAUUGUUGGGGAGAAGAAAGAAGCCCUGAUUCAAGUGGCAACCUCGUUACACGACCUUUAAAAAUCCCUUUUCUCUAUGAUGACCCUUUCUUGUUAAUUGAACAUGGGAGAUAUGAUGACAUUAUGAACCAGCGAGUUUGAGUUUUGGAAGGGCAUACAGAAACAGAAAUAGGUGCGGUGCCCUUGAUCUGUGCAUGAUCUGUAUGUGCAGAGGCAUAUAUCUAUAUCUAUAUCUAUAUACAUAUACACAUGAACCAAUACAGACAACCCAUCCUCAC